AUGGUCUUGGUUCAAAAUUUUUUUAUACACCACAAAUUCCCUCUUCAUUUUCAUGUUCAUGGAUCAGUGAACCACUACGAUGCAGAUUGGCUAAAUCUCGGUGAAUUAAAAAAUCAUGCUCAGCCAAUUGGAUGCACUGGAGUCUCUGUUUCCAACAUCUCAGGAUCGGCUGCUGAUCAACUCUCCUCACCCCGUGUUUCGAUUCCCUCCAGUUGCAGACUCGGCGAUAGUGAGGACAUUGAAACACUUAAUAAAUUGUCUUCUAUCGGCAUGCUCGCUGCCAAAUCAAGCAACCAACAAAAUUGUAUUACACACUUAGACAAAUUCACCAAGUCUUCUAAACCUCUGCUCUCCAGCAUGCUGAAUUUCACUGCUGGUCAGACUGACGGGGCAAAUCAAGCCCCUUUAGGGCAACGUAGAUCUAAUCUCGCUAAGAACAACUUGGUCCAUUCUUACGAUAUUCACAAGCAACAAAAGCAUGAUCAGCGAUUUCAUUUUCCACAGGGCCAAGAAGGCAGCGUUGAGAUCCCUUCUUCAUUCGUUCACAGAAUGCACAAGUUUGAUAGAUCUCAUCUACAACCACCUAUAGUACCUCUCCUGGCUAGAAAGGCGCUCGGCAUUAGGGAUGAGCCAACUUACCUUUCAGCAGAGGAGCAGCUCUACAAUUUGUCUGAACCAGAACUACUUGGUCUGUCUGAAACUGAAGUUCGCUGGCGUUUGUUAAAAUGCUACGAUGAACCGUCAAACUUCGAUGCUGUCUCGGAAUCACCACUAGCAUGGUUCGUUUAUAUAAGAGGCAUUCUUGGCUUCUUUUACUAUGCUUGCCGCUUGAUUUUUUACACAACUUAA